AUGGCUGUGGAAGGUGCAGGAGUAAGCGAGGCCAGCAGGGGGAGCAGGACACAGGGACAGAGCCAGGCCAACAACUCAGAGGUGAGCUUUAUGCUCCUGUUGUCACUCAAGCUGUGCUUCUUGUGUGCUCUGGCUUUCAUUGGACGCCCUGUUGCCUGGUCCUGUAUGCUGAGGCAUACGCUGUUUGGAAUCAGCUUUGUGCUGUGUAUCUUCUGCCUGCUCAGCCGCACUGUGGUGGUCCUGGUGGCCUUUCGAUCCACCCUGCUGUGAGAAAACCUGAUGUGCUAUGUUGGCCCCACCCAGCAGAGGCUGGUGGUUUUCAAUUCCCAGUUGCUGAUCUGUGUGCUGACCCUCACCCCUCCAUGGGCUGCAGAACAAGGCAUCCAAGAUGACCAAGCACCCAAGAUCAUCCUUGAUUGUACUACGGGUUCGGUGGUGGGCUUCCUGAGCUACAUUAGCCAGCUGGCUUCAAUCUGUCUCACCUUAGCCUUCCUGGCAAGGGAACUCCCUGACAUCUUAAAUAAGGCAAAACUGAUCACCUUCACCAUGCUGAUCUUCUGUGCAGUGUGGAUGGCCUUUGUCCCAGCCUACAUCAGCUCUCCAGGGAAAUACAUGGUUGUGGUGGAGAUUAUUGCCAUCCUGGCCUCUAGCUAUGGUCUCCUGCUAUGUAUCUUUACCCCAGAGUGCUUCAAAUUCUCCUGA